AUGCCCGCACGCACCAACCGCAAGAACCUUCAGAAGCGCCGCAAGCGGCGGCUGUUUGCCGCCAUCACAGCGGAGAUACAAGCGAGUGAUGAACUUGAGAAAAUGCGGAAUGAGGAGGAACGCCAAAGAACUCACCAAAAGUGGCACAAGGAGGUGGAGAAAUCAAAUGCCGCUUUCAAGAAGAAGAGGAAAAUGACCGACCAAUAG